UGACUCUACCCGAACACACGCGCACACGCACACGCACGCGCGCUCUUUCUCCGCUCACAUGGACGAGAGGUUGCAUUCAGUCGUCUGCUCUGGAUCUGUUCUCUUUAUUGAGUUGAUGUGAUGUUUUAAGAUGUGAGAUGUUGUUUGCGCGUGACUGGAUUGACGCUCGUGCACCGCUGCUGUUCGAUGCGAAGCGCAAAGUGAAGAUCAACUUGUGUGAGCUUUGAGAGAAGAGGGUCUGUUGAGAUCACGCCAUCAGCAUGGAGUUCCCAGACCACAGCCGGCAGUUACUGCAGUGUCUGAGUCAGCAGAGACACCAGGGCUUCCUCUGCGACUGCACUGUGCUGGUGGGAGACACACGCUUCAGAGCCCACCGAGCCGUCCUGGCCUCGUGCAGCAUGUACUUCCACCUCUUCUACCACGACCAGCCGGACAAGAGAGACGUGGUGCAUCUGAACAGCGACAUCGUGACGGCGCCGGCGUUCGGGCUGCUGCUGGAGUUCAUGUACGAGGGAAAGCUGGAGUUCGGCGCUCUUCCGGUGGAGGACGUCCUGGCGGCAGCCAGCUACCUGCACAUGUACGACAUCGUGAAAGUCUGCAAAGGAAAGCUGAAGGAUAAGGAGCUGUGUGAGGUGGAGUGUGGCGAGAAGGCAAACACUCACUCCGACAGGUCCCCGGGUCUUGUAGGUGUCAAUUAUGUGUCCGCCGAGGCCGAGGCCUGUGUCCGAACAGCUGGAAAAACAAAAGCUGAUGUCAGUAGUUCAUCCGUCCCGGUGUCCCAGAGGUCGGAUGACACGGAGCGAGCGCUGGAUUUAUCUUUCAAGCCUCUGUCGAGUCGAGACGGCUUCCACCCCUCCUUCGUCUCGGGACAGCUGGCCCUCGACAGCCAGCAGCAGGGCACCGAGCCACUUGUUAAAGACGAACAUGACUUGCUGUCAGAGCAGGAGGACGGUGAUCCGGUGAGCCCGGAGAGCCAGCGCUUUGGGAGUUCAGUGGUGACAGGGUUCACUGCCCUCUUCGCUGAAAACAAGGCUCCGGACGACGAGCUGAUGGAGGAGGAGAGAGCGCUGCGUGUGCGUCCAGAGCACCACCUCCGGGACAGCGAGGGCGAGGAUGAAGACGACCUGGCGUCCUCCGACAUCUCCACGUCCAGCGGCGUUCUCCUCCCGCAGGUCUGCGUGUGUCCGCUCUGCAGCAAGGUCUUCCCGAGCCCACACGUGCUCCAGCUCCACCUCAGCUCGCACUUCAAGGAGAAAGACGGCGUUCGCUCCAAGCUCUCGCCCGACGGCUCCGUCCCGACCUGCUCGCAGUGCGGCAAGACCUUCUCCUGCAUGUACACGCUGAAGCGGCACGAGCGCACGCACUCCGGCGAGAAGCCGUACACCUGCGCACAGUGCGGGAAGAGCUUCCAGUACUCACACAAUCUGAGCCGGCACGCCGUGGUGCACACGCGAGAGAAGCCACACGCGUGUAAGUGGUGCGAGCGGCGCUUCACUCAGUCCGGAGAUCUGUACCGACACAUACGCAAGUUCCACUGCGGCCUCGUCAAGACGCUCGCCAUCGGAUAACGGCCGCGCAACCACAUCCUUUUCUAGAUAAUCAAUCAUUAAUAAUAUCCAGUAUUUUGCAGGUUCAUUAAUGACUGUAAAACACUAUUAGUGUCUCGAACAAUCAACAGUUUGAUGCACUCGGGUUUUUGACAUCAUAUAUGUGUGUGUGUGUUAUUUAAAUAUAAUUAAAAUAUAUUGUAUAUUUCAUAAAUGUUUU